AAAAAAAAAAAAAAAAAAAAACCAAGAAAGACAUAGAUGUCUUCAGGAGCAUUUUCUGUGAUCAUUUUUUUCCACUUAAUUUCAGAUAAUUUGUGAAUGCCAUUAAUUUUCUUUUUAUAUUUUUUAUUUAUCCCAGCACUUACCUGUUUUUGUUAGCUGUGUUGAAACUGCUUGUUGCACAUAAAGGCAUGUGUUACAGGGCUGGGGAUGCAGCUCAGUGAUGGAAUGCAGCCUUGCAUUCCCUGGCCUCCUCCCCAGGUGAAUCUGGAUUAUGGUAGUUUGCAGCAAGCAUGGGACGUGAUCUCCAGGCUCUAGAGUUAGCGUCUGUGAGUGGGGUGAAUUCACGUUAUGUCGGCGACAGGUCUUUAACGUCUUGUUUUCUCCUAGUGGCUAUCUUUGAAGUACCCCCAUUGCGCCGUCUACAUGGACACCUUGAGGGAGUACUAUGAAGCUUUUGUAAUUUAUAACUUCAUGAUAUACCUUAACAAUUACCUAGCAACUCAAAUCCCCAACAUGAUACUCCACCUGGAAGCUAAAGGUCAGCAACAGCUUCUCUGUCCUCUGUGCUGCUGCCCACCCUGGGCUAUGGGAGAAAUAUUCUUAUUUCGCUGCAAGCUGGGGGUGCUUCAAUACAGUGUGGUUAGAUCGAUCACCACUCUAACAGCUUUGAUCUGUGAGAUGGCAGGUGUCUACGGUGCAGGGAACUUUUGUUUCUGCAACGCUUGGACUUACGUGUUUAUAAUAAAUAAUGUGUCACAAGCGUUUGCCUUGUACUGCAUCUGGUGGUUUUGCAAAGUGCUGAGAGAAGAGCUCAGGCCUAUACAACCUUUUUGCAAAUUUAUUUGUAUCAAACUGGUAGUCUUUUUCUCAUUCUGGUAAGUAUUGCGUGCUCUUAAAUAUUCUUUCUUUAUAAAUGCCAAUAAAACUGUUGUUUAAGGGAGUUUUUUUUUACAGUAAUGUGAAGUCAAUGCCAGACUCAAUGAUCCCUACCUGUGGUCCCAGCCCAUGGGAAACUGAGGCAGGACCACCAGUUCAAGGCCAGUCCUUGGGCUGGAGAGAGGCUCAGCAGUUAGAGUUUGCUGCAUAUCCAGAGGACCGUAGUUUGUCCCCAGCAGCCAUGUAUGGCGACUCACAAUCUCAUGUCACUCUAGUUCAAGGGACCCGAAGCCCUCUUCUGACCUCUGUGACACAUGCACAUACUUGCACAGUCUCAGUCUCUCUCUAUCUCUCUCUCUCUCUCUCUCUCUCUCUCUCUCUCUCUCAGACACACACACACAGACACACUUGCACGCAUUCACAUAGCAAUUUUUUCAAACCCAUCCGUUUAGCUUUUGUAAGAUUUACAAAAUCAGGGCUGGAAAGAGGGCGCAGCAGAUAAGAGCCCUUGCUAUUCUUUUGGAGGAUCUGGGUUGAGUUCCUAACAUCAACAAAGUUAGUGGUCACAACCCUCUGCAAUUUCAGGUCCAGGUGAUUCUAAUGCCCUCUUCUGAUAUCUGCAGAUACUCUACUUGUAUAUACAUAUGCAGGCAGAACUCACACAAAACUAAAUAUUAAAAAAUAGUUUUUAAAAGCAUUUUAAAAACACAAUCUUAGUCAUGCGUGGUGGUAUAUACCUGUAGUCCCAACACUCAGGGUAAAACAAGAGAAUCUCACAUUGAGUUUGAUGACAGCCUGCUCUCUAUAGCAAGUUGUAGAUUAGCCUAUGCCACAGUGUGUGAUCUUGUAUCUACACAAUCAAAGAAGUAGUCAGACGGCCACUAUGACAUUUAAAAGAUGAAGAUAAUUUGAGAUAGCCUAACUGUCUUGAUACCAUCGUUAAAAUUAUAGUUCUGCUGGGUGUGGUAGUGUACCCUUUAGUCCCAGCACUCCCCGGGGAGGCAGAAGCAGGUGGUUCUCUAUGAGUUCA